AAAUUGUCAAAUAUUUCUUAAACCCCCGCCGCCUCUCCCCAGUUGAAGCUCUGUCAAUAUCUGGAUCAGGAGCAAUGAGUGUCAUUUUGUGUACAGCUGGCUACGAUCAUACAAUCCGCUUCUGGGAAGCUCUUUCUGGCAUUUGUUCGCGCACCAUUCAACAUCCUGAUUCGCAAGUCAACCGUCUAUGCAUUUCUCCCGAUAAACGUUUCCUUGCAGCUGCAGGCCAUCACUCAGUGAAGCUCUAUGACAUCAAGUCAACGAAUCCUAAUCCUGUUCUUACUUUUGACGGUCACAGCAACAAUGUGACCGGCGUGGCCUUUCAUUGCGAAGGAAAGUGGAUGGUGACGAGCUCAGAGGACGGCACCGUCAAGAUCUGGGACACUCGUUCAGGGAGCAUUCAACGCAAUUACAGCCACGGUAAGCCGGUCAAUGAUGUCGUGAUUCAUCCAAACCAAGGAGAGCUUAUAAGCUGUGAUCGCGGAGGAAAUGUACGAAUCUGGGACCUUGGGGAGAACAAAUGUACUCACCAACUCAUCCCGGAAGAUGAUGUUUCGGUAGCAAGUGUAACGGUUGCAAGUGAUGGUUCAAUGCUCUGUGCUGGGAACAACACUGGCAAUGUCUACGUGUGGCGCAUGAUCCAAAAUAAGGAUGUCACCUGUCUAGUUCCGGUGACCAAGUUUCUUGCGCAUCAUCAGUACAUUACUCGCAUCCUGCUCUCUCCUGAUGUUCGUCAUUUGGCCACUUGCUCGGCAGAUCAUACUGCCCGUAUUUGGUCCGUCGAUCCAACCCAUCCUCACAAUGUGACGAGUGCAGAUGCAUUACCCGCCAAUCGCGAGCCAAAUGCAUUUCCUCUCGAAACAACUCUCCAUGGCCAUCAGCGAUGGGUAUGGGACUGCGCUUUCAGCGCUGAUUCCGCAUAUCUUGUUACCGCAUGCUCGGAUCAUUAUGCAAGACUGUGGGAACUGAGCUCACAAUCUAUCAUCCGCCAGUAUAACGGACACCAUCGUGGCGCUGUGUGUGUGGCGCUAAAUGACUACUCCGAGAUGCGUUAACCAAUCCUUCCUUCUGCAUUGGCGUCAAGCGGGUCUAUACUUGGGAGGAGUUUUGGGUUCAAUUUACUCUGAAACAUUGUUGAUUGACAUUUUCUUGUUCAUCGAAUCUACUCCCGUGGAGGAGCUAUUUCAUGGUGCACAUGUCGCGUGGGAGCUAGAUAAUGGGGAUGUUUAACGACAAAUGCUUUUUUCUACUAUCUCAAUACAUUUAUUUUCUAAGAUACAAGAAAAUCUACAAAGGCUCGGGGAUAUCUAGUGACAGGGAGAAUCAUAACCAAACUAC